AUGUGUGUGCUCCAGAUAGUAUUUUUGCUGAUCCUGGUCAAUAGCAACGGAUCUCAGAAAACCGAAAUGGACGUGGAUGAGGAUGGAGACCCAGAUCAGUUAGGACCAGAACCCAUCGACGGACGAUCGUUUUUCUUUCUGGGAACCUUGUUUCGGCGCUGGCGUAACCGUUGGAUGGCCUAUCACAAUCCGGACCCUAUUUUCGCCGGCCCCGCUUAUCCCAUAUCUGGUUAUUACAAUUGCCCCGUAUAUGGCUGCAACCCGGCGGCUAUUGGUCCACAACCAGGUUACUACGCUACACCCGCUGGGUUUUACACCAUGCCUCUGAAUCAGCAGCAGGCUCAGGGAAACAGCAAUGUCUAUAUCUAUCAGAGUGAUCAAAAUUCUGCAUCGGCUGGAAAUCCCAUUGGAUAUGGGUAUCUCAGUGGGACAUCGGCAAUAAGACCAGCUCCGCCUUUUCCUCCACCAGCAACUGGUAUGCCACCGCCUUCAUCCGUUGGUACGGGAACGGCCACCGCAGGUGUAUAUUCUGGACCAGGAGCAGGACCUGGACAACGGCCAGGACCGUUUCCAAUACCCCUACCUCAGCUGGGAUGAAUGGGAAAAACAAGUAGCCUGAGGAAGCGGU